GUCCCUGGCUGCUGCUGGCUCGAGCGCAGCGAGGGGGCGAUCUGUCAAAACAGGAAGUGAGGAGUAAACCAGUUAUAUUUUAAUGUUUUUAAUAUUUAAUACAAUAAGUUAAGAAAUUAAGAGAUUGGUCCGUGACCGGAGUAAAAGCAGCCAGGGCUCUGACAGCAUACCCGGGCUCUCCUCUGGACGGUGCAGCGUUGCUGGGAGGUGGGAGUCUGAGCAGAAGGCUUAACGUUAGCACGGGAACGGCUAUCUAGGUGCUGUUAGCACGGGAAGGUAGGGGCUAAGUAGCUGGUGUUAGCACGGGAAGCUAACGGCUAGUAGCUGGUGUUGUGGAUGUGGACCGACCACCACUAACGGAGACCCUCCGAGAGGGGAAGACCACCGCCUCGGGUACGGCCCUUCAGCUCCGAGACGAACCCUUCUUAGCUAGCAUCUGGUUGCUAGUUAGCCUCGGCUGCUAUCGGCGCCGUGGAGCCAGGCAUGGAGGGGGCGAUGGUCUCCACCUGCAGCCGGGAUCAGCGCCUCCAGCUCGGCGGCGGAGCGGACGUCCUCCGCCCCUGACUCCUGACGCCUGACUGCUGCUGCUGCAAUUUUUUUGUUUUAUUUUUGUUUUAUUAUUAUUCGCAAGGCACUGGUAUGAAAUAAUAUAAUCUGGAGAAGAUGGAUUCAAACCCGCUGAUCAAUGCCAUGGACCCCUCCAUCACCCUGUGGCAGUUCCUGCUCCUCCUGCUGGACGACGCCAGCCAGCGCCACCUGAUCACCUGGACGGGGGAGGACGGGGAGUUCAAGUUGCUGGACGCGGAGGAGGUGGCCCGCCUCUGGGGCCUGCGCAAGAACAAAAACAACAUGAACUACGACAAGCUGAGCCGCGCCCUCAGAUACUACUAUGACAAGAACAUCAUCAAGAAGGUGAGCGGCCAGAAGUUUGUUUAUAAGUUUGUGGGCCAGCCGGACAACCUGCUGCUGGACGUGCUGAGGGGGGGAGACGAGAGGCGGGACCCCUUGGACCCCAACAGCCAAUCCAAGAGCCCCGGGGAAGGGGCAAACAGCUGUCCAUCAAAGGGCCUGAUGCAGCGCACGUCGCCUAGCAACACCCAGAAGAGCUGUCGUAACGACUACAUGAAGUCGGGGCUGUACUCCACCUUCACCAUCCAAUCCCUGCAAAACGCUCCUCCGGCUCGGCCAAUCAAAGCAGAGCUGCUCCUCUCACAGGAACCCUCUGCUAAGGCAACCAGGACGCUGAGAGAGGUGGGUGUGCUUUCAGAGUCCUCCCAGCCACUAGGGGCAGCCAGUGGAGAAGGUCUUCAGGUGAUGGUGAGCCAGUGCUCUCCAGUCCCCACCCCGGCCCCCAGCCCCCAGCUGGCCGCCAGCAGCACCGCCCGCACCCAGACUGCUGCUGCUCCUCCUCCUCCUCCUCCUCUCUCCGAGCCCCCCCACAUCUACCUGACCAGCGUCACAGACUCCCUCACCCCGCUUCUCCCCCUGGCUCCUCCGCCCAGGACCUCUCCCCUCCCCCCGGCGGUGGACGAGAGGGUCGGCACGCCUCCUCCUCCCCCCACUCCGGUCUUUGUCGUCAUUAAGUCUGCUCCUCCUCAGCACCAGGCUGCCAUGGCGACCGGGCCUUCCACCGCUGCCCCUCCCCUUAUGGUGGCUCCUCCCCCGGUCAUCAAGGAGGAGAUCCUGCCCUCCGAGGAGGAGCUGCUGGGGAUGGUGACCCUGGAGGAGAAGGAGGAGGAGUGCGGAGCAGACGACGGAGACCCGCCGCUCUCCAUAGUAGAGCCGGCCCCUCCUCCCUGCCCCCGCCGGGACCCCCCCUCAGAAUCUUCGGCGGGGCUUCCUGCAGGUGUUCGGGCGGGGCUGACGGAGGCGGGGCUUCCUGCAGGUUUUCGGGCGGGGCUGACGGAGGCGGGGCUUCCUGCAGGUUUUCGGGCGGGGCUGACGGAGGCGGGGCUUCCUGCAGGUUUUCGGGCGGGGCUGACGGAGGCGGGGCUUCCUGCAGGUUUUCGGGCGGGGCUGACGGAGGCGGGGCUUCCUGCAGGUUUUCGGGCGGGGCUGACGGAGGCGGGGCUUCCUGCAGGUGUUCGGGCGGGGCUGAUGGAGGCGGUCCCUCCCAGAACCAAGAAGCCGCGGGGCCUGGAGCUCCCCUCCUCCACCUCCCUGCUGCACCCGGGACUCUCCGUGGACAAGGUCAACGCUGCGGUCAACAGCCUGCUGGCUCCAGGCUGCGGCUCCAACACACUGACCCCCUCCGUCAUCACCUCCCACUCUCUGACUCCAGUGCUCUUGACCCCCAGUCCUCUCCCGUCUACGAUUCACUUCUGGAGCACCUUGUCCCCCAUCGCCCCUCGCUCCCCCGCCAAGCUGUCCUUCCAGUUCCCCACCAACGGCUCCAACCAGAUCCACAUCCCCGCCCUCAGCGUGGACGGACUGUCCACCCCCGUCGUGCUCUCUCCCGGUCCCCAGAAGCCCUGAGCUGCAGCCCCCCUCUCUGGGCAGGGCCUGGCAGGAGAGUCCCAGGCCUUGGUGGAGGCCUUGGUGGAGCCCUGAAAGGAGGCGUUUGAUUGGCUGUCAGUGGUCGUGAGCGGACAGGAAGGAGAAGGUCUCCUCGCCUAACCUCGGCCGUCUUUAGCGUCAUGGUGGAGUCCUGGAGCGCUAGGCAGCUAGCCUAGCCCCGGAGCGCUAGCUGGAUGCUAGAGUGUGUUGGCCUGAUUCAUGCUAACCUGGGAGCUAAGGUUCAGAGGAUCCACAACAUGGGAGAGGCCUAGCGGGAUGCUAACACCUAGCUUGAGUCCGGACGACUGGCUACUAUGCCAACUCAAUCAAGCUAACGCUGGAACCAUUUAAUGUUAUUUCUUUUUUGUCUUUGUUUUAGUUGGUUCUUUUUUUUACGUUAUUUAUUUCAUAUUUCAGCCCAUAAGACCUUGUAAGUUUGAAUCUGAAGAUUGCCUCAGUCUUCACGUUUACACAAAGCCCUCACCUUACCCUAAAGCCCCCCCCCCCCCCCCCCAGAGGCCUGUUGAUUGGCUAUCAUGCAAGCCCCGCCCUAAUGCCCUGACCAAAGGCCUGUUUAUUGGCUGUCCGUUUAUAUAGCCCCGCCCCAAUGCCCUCACCACAGGCCUGUUUAUUGGCUGUCGUGCCAGCCCCGCCCUAAUCACCUUCUGCUGGAACUGUCAAUCCAUGCUGUUCGUUAAUUGCUGAUCCUAGGAUAUCUGGCCCCCUAUUGGAGCAGCCAGAGAUAUGAACCAGCCAAUCACGGCCGUCCUGGGCUGUGCAGGACAGCAGAGGAGCUCAGCGUUUGUACCAACGUUUCUUACUCUAGACAGCGUUUUAUAAAGAACAUUUAGAGAGGUUCUGCCCCUCGGGAUGGGGGUGGGGGGGGGGGGGGGUGGAUGAUAGAGGAAGCUGCUCGUCAUACCCCGGCACACAGUGCUGCCCCCGGUGGCGGGAGAGGGCAGUGAAGACUUUUAUAGCCAGGUUUCUGGUUGUCGUUGUUGUUGUGGUUUUUAAACACUGACGGAGGCUUAAUCUCCGGUUGCCAUGGUGACCUGACUGUUGUUGUUGUUGUCGUUGCUAUGUUUGUUCGGGGAGGAUGUUUCCUCUAUAAUCCAGUACCUGAGGCCAAGGUGAGUCCACGACUAGGGGUCAUCGUUCAGCUGUUGCAUAGCAACCACCCGCCUAGGUGCGAGAGCCAAAAUGGCUGCCACUCUUAUCUAACCCCUUCUUCCUCUCCUCUGUCUCCCCCUAGUGGUGGUUUGAAGAGCUGCUCAUGAAUAGAGUCGGGGACCAAAGAGUCCAACUGAUGCUCCUCCUUGAUUUAUUUACACAUCUGGUCUUUAAGGAUCAGAAUUGUGUGGUAAUGUCUGAUGGGUCUUUAGUACUCGGAUUGUUUAAUAAUGUCUGAUUGGUCUUCAAGCACUAUAUUUUAGUAAUGUCUGAUUGUUCUUAAACGACUAGGAUCGUUUAGUAAUGUGUGAUUGAUCUUUAUGGACUAGGAUUGUUUAGUAAUGUCUGAUUGGUCUUAAACGACUAGGGUCGUUUAGUAAUGUCUGAUUGGUCUUAAACGACUAGGGUCGUUUAGUAAUGUCUGAUUGGUCUUAAACGACUAGGAUCGUUUAGUAAUGUCUGAUUGAUCUUUAUGGACUAGGAUUGUUCAGUAAUUUCUGAUGGUCUUUGAAGCGUUGGAGCAUUUAGUCAAUGUCUGAUGUUCUUUAAGGACUAUCGUUGGGUAAUGUCUGGUCUUUAAGAACUAUUGUUUGGUAAUGUCUGAUUGGUCUUUGGGGACUAUCGUUUGGUAACGUCUGAUUGGUCUUUAAGGACUAUCGUUUGGUAAUGUCUGAUCGGUCUUUAAGGACUAUUGUUUGGUAAUGUCUGAUAGGUUUUUAAGGACUAUCGUUUAGUAAUGACUGUUCUGUGCUCUGAGCAUGACUAACAUUUACAAUCUAUUUUUGUACAAGCGACUAGACGGUUCUUCAUGUACAUACGACCGUCAAUUCAUACAGAGAUGUUUAUGGGAUCAUUUGAAAAGUAUAAAGCCUUAAUUUUAAAAGGAAAAGUAUGCCAGAUAUAUAUAUUAAAUGUUAAGAUUUCUUCACGAUGUGCAUCUAUUAAGGCAGGUGUGCUGUGAUAGUGACAAGCCAUUGGUUCUUCAAAGUAAAAGCGUGAACCUUGAUGGGUUCGGCUCAUCAAGGUCAUGACUGUCAAGCUAACUGCACCAGCAACAUGAGGGAUGUUCUUUGUUUACAUGAGAAGGUGGGGUUCACGUUGCCUGCGUUCUGGGACUUAUGAAAUGUACAAUGUCUGUAGCUGCACUUUUAUUGGAACACCUGGGGUUGAAAUGUCGAAGUGUUGUUGAGAGGGUUAAAGUUCACCCUCACGUUCCUCUGAGACUGUUCUCUACUGUAAUCUUUCUGGUCUAAACCACAGAGUCUACUCCCACUCCCUGUAACUAUGGAGACCUGGUCUAAACCACCUCCUGCUACCACAGAAACCUAGCCUACACCCAUUCCCUGUUACCACGGAGACCAAAACCACCUCCUGUUAGCACAGAGACCUGGUCUACAACCACUCCCUGUAACCAUGGAGACCUGGUCUACGCCACCUCCUGUUACCAUGGAGACCACAACCACUCCCUAUAACCAUGGAGACCUGUUGUAAACCAACUCCUUUUACCAUAGAGACCCCCCUCCUGUUACCAUGGAGACAACAACCACGUCCGGUUACAGUGGAGACGGCAACCCCCUCCUGUUACCAUGGAGACCGGCUCUACGACCCCCUCCUGUUACCAUGGAGACCCCAACCCCCUCUGUGGUGGAAUGCCGGAUGAGAGGCUGAUGUUCUGGGGGACCAGAGAUGCAUCAGUGUAUCCAAUCACAGUACAGACAUUUAACUAUCACCUGAUUGGCCAGGAGGGGUGACGUUGUGAUUGGUGUAAAUAGAGAAGCUGUAAUUUUGUGUCCGUACAAAACCAACGAUGGCUGCAAGCUAUUCCUGAUGUCUUGUUUCUGUGGCCUAUCGUUGCUGUCAGAUGUGCAUGACCCCGCCCCUCCCUGGCCCCUAUUGGCUGGCUGGGGGUUUAUUGAUGAUGGGGGCGGGGUUAACUAUAUUUUUCUGAGAUGUUCCAGAGCUUAAGAUAAAUGAUUUUUUUAUGUCAUAGAGGACAAAUAAAAAUGACUUGGCGCUCUC